AUGGCCUCUAUCACAGUUGCAGACAGAUCCGAUAUUGGCCGUUCGAGGGAGGCUUUUGGGAACCACAACAUCGCGACAGUUCUUCCCUUUGUUAACGGAGGCGCUUCAGGCAUGGUCGCCUUUGCCGUAAUACAGCCCGUCGAUAUGAUCAAGGUCCGCAUGCAGCUUGUUGGUAAAUGUACGCCCACCAGCACUAAACCAACCCCGUUUGCGUUGGUCAAGGAUCUCGCCUCUCGGGGAGGACUACUUGAAUUAUACUCUGGUCUCUCUGCUGGGCUCCUGCGGCAAGCCGUAUACGCCACGGCACGCCUCGGGACUUUCGAUACUCUUAUGAAAGCCUUGCAGAAACGAGCAGAUGAACGCCACGCCACUGUUACGUUCGUCCAGAGGGCCGGUGCAGGGUUGACCUCUGGGGCUCUGGCUGCCUUCUUGGCCAAUCCCGCGGACCUGGCGCUGAUAAGGAUGCAGUCAGAUGGUAUGAGACCUAUAGCUCAGCGACGGAAUUACAAGUCGGUCUUUGAUGCCUUCGGCUCGAUAGUACGCUCGGAUGGCAUUAUAUCCCUCUGGACAGGGUGCGCGCCCACCAUUGCCCGAGCCAUGGCGCUGAAUCUUGGGCAACUGGCUCUGUUCUCAGAGACCAAAGCCCGGCUGAAAGAGCACACGGCGUGGUCCAUUCAAACACAGACUGUAAUAGCCAGUGCUCUGGCCUGCCUCUUUGCAUCGACCAUCGCCCUCCCAUUCGACCUCGUCAAAACGAGGUUACAGAGACGCGCAAGAACAGUGGAAGGGGCUCUAUUAUACCGCUCAAUGGCAGAUUGCUUCCAAAAGAUAGCAAGCGAGGAGGGGCUAACACGCUUCUACCGUGGAUUCGGACUCUUUUAUCUUCGCACUGGUCCACACGCGAUGUUGACGUUGAUAUUGGCUGAUUACUUCGGGUGGCUGACUGGAGCCAAACAAGCAUGA